UGUCGAUAUUGAUAAAAUCCGAUGACGCGAUUGCAGACGAAAAAAAAUUAUCUUUUAUCAAAAAUUGUGUUGACAGUUUGAAAAAAAAUUAAAAAAACAUAAAUAUUGUGAAAAAUGUCGGAUCCUUUACAAGAUCCCCCUGUGACCCCACAUAUUACACAGCUGAAAUUUGCUAAAUUACACAGUCCCAAAAUGAAAAGUGUUUAUUGGCGUCAUUUUGGUUUUCCCACAAAUGAAGAAAACUGCAUCAUAACAAAGCAAAACGUUGUGUGCAUUCUUUGCCAUAAGGUUUUAACCAAUCACGGCAAUACCACCAAUCUACGGGCCCAUCUCCAGUAUCGUCACAAGGAUGUCUUCAAUCAAAUCAUACAGGAGAAUGGCAUACAAGUGCCACCACGUAAACCUCAAACUAAAAUGAGUGUUAAUGGUGCAGGCGGCAUGAAAAUUAAACGUGAACCAGUAGAAAGGAAACCCAAAGUUAAGGUGGAAUACCACACGCCAAUGAUACACGACACAUAUUCAAAUGAUGCUUCUGUAAGUGGCAACGAUGACCAUUCUAUUCUGUAUGAAACAGUUGUUCCAAUGACUUAUGAAGAUGAUGACAUUGUGGAUAGUAAUCAUUUUACAAAAAUCGAAGUUAGCAGCGCCAACGAUGUAAAACCAACCUGUAGCGAGUUGUUGCAGAUGAGUAAUCGUAAUGUGGUGGAACGUACUAAAUAUCGUGUUAGUGGUGUUAAUAAUAUGGCCAGCGAUAUGAUGACCUUAGAUAAUUAUCAAUUGCAGGAGGCUCUAACAAAUUUGGUGAUCGAUGAUAUACGAAAUGUGGAGAGUUUGUUUGAUCCGAGUAUGGCGAAAUUUAUACGUACGUUAUCUGGUAAUGUACCAAUUCCUUCAAUGAAAAAGAUAGAAUUAUACAUAAAGGAAUUACAUAGUGAUAAAUAUACAACCCUAUCGGAUCAAAUUAAAGUUCAUUCACAAAUUAAGCCCUAUUCGUUGGGUUUCGAAAUGUGGGCUAAUGUUGAACAGAAGAACUUUUUAUCAAUAUUUUUCAACUACACCACUGAUGCGCCCGCAUAUAAUUUGGUAAAUCAAAUAUAUUGUACCAUAGAAUAUAAUAAAUUCACGGCAAUUGAUGCAAUAUUUGAAGAGUUUAAUUUGCAAAAUUGUACAGCGGCAAUAAUUAAUUGUGAUUAUGAUGAUUACUUAAAGCAUUUUUUAAAUAGAAAAGAUAUUCCGGUUAUAUUAUCCUAUGACGCAAUUGUUAACCAUUGUAUUAAAAAUGUAAUAGCAUUACCAGCCGUAGCCUCGAUUAUUGAGGAAAUCAAGGAUACAAUAAUGCGUUACAAUGUGGAAAUAACCUCCAAGGAUGUUGAAAUACCGCCAGUAAGUGAUGAAUAUCCUUGGACUUAUUAUGAAUUAUUAAAGUUUUUUUCGGAGACAUUAUUUUGGCCGGAAGAUUUGGAAGUUUUAGUGACCUCAGCUAAAGGCGUUUAUGACAUUCUAUGUACACUUUCUGUAACUUUAGAAACGUUAAAGGGAGAAGAUAUACCACUGAGCAGUAUGUUAUCGCCGAUUACUGCUAAGGUUUUAACGAAAAAACUAGCCAUACAUGAAAGUGAUGACGAUUUUGUGGAAAUUAUUAAAAGUACCAUUAGUAAUACAUUGCAUACAUUGGUUUUAUCGGAUAAUCACUUAACCAUUUCAGCAUUAUUAGAUCCUAGAUUUCAUCGUUUAAUAAACAUCAAUAAUCUAAGUAAUUGUGUUAAAAUUUUAACAACAAAAUACGAUAAAAUUAUCGAUUCGCAAGGUAUUUCACCAAAUGUUUCCUCCCCCAGAACUCAACAAAAUAGAGUGAAAUCUACAAAUACGAAUGUAAUAAAAAAAUCAAAUUUAGAAUUAUUUUUCGAUUUAACUGAAAGUCCUGUGGAACCACCAGUCGUGAAUUUGCCCAAUAGUGUUGAAACAGAUUUGAAACGUUAUCGCACUGAUGUCUAUUGUAGCCUUGAUGAAUCGCCGUUUUUGUGGUGGAAUCGUAUGGGUCAUAUGUAUGGCUCCUUAAAACAUUUAGCCCUUCAGUAUCAAUGCGUACCCUGCGUGGUUAAUAUGAAUUAUAGGAAAAAUAUCACACAACAAAUUUUAGAAGGUCAAAAACGUUACAUGUUGACUGGCAGUCUCAUAGAUGCUAUAUUAUUUUUGCAUUAUAAUUGAAUACAAACGCAUACAUUAUUAGAUUUUUCUUAUGUUAAGAAUUUAGCUUUAAGUUGUUUAUGAUCAUUUGAAAAGUACAUAAAUAAAUAUGGUUACUUUACAUCAAUAUUUAUGGUUUCCUAGUUUUAAUA